AUGUCUGCCAUCCCACCCAAAGCAAGGUCGUACGACCUGUCAGUUUUCGAAAGCCUCAUGGAUCUCAUCUCUCUCGAAACCUAUUCAAUUCCACUCCUCGAGUCUCUUCUGACACACUUCCAGAUGGAGAAGCUUCCCAAAGCCAGGUCGUACGCUGCAUUGGAUACCUUGUUCAUAGCUAAGCCGAUGCUUGCAAUUAUGGCCUGCCUCUGCAUUUGUCUCGACAACUGUUACAAGACAAGGUCUCUUCUCCAGACCACCGCCGACAGGGUCCAUGACUGCAUCGAGGGCAUCCUUAGCUGGACGCUACUUCUCGUGGACCACGUCCUCGCCCCAAAGUCCAAGGAUCCUCUCCAAAGGAAAGAGUUGGUCGGGGAAUUUGCUUGUCUGCUCCUGGCUAGGUUACUUCGCAUCGACACUCGGAUUGACCAAGUGGUGACCGAAUCGGAGAAGACAUUCGAGGUCAUCAUCAAAUGCUGGCCAGCUUGCGAUAUACUGACACCCCCUCCUUCGAAUAUCUUCGCUCUCAUUCUAAGAGAACACAUGGACGCAACCCAGGAAAGGUUCGAAAAGGACGCCUUUAUCACCUACCUCCUCUCCGAUGAGAAACGCCUCCCCAGGCUUGCAAAAGGCGUUGUUGCGCACUUGGACAAAGUCCGGGAGAUGUUAGAGGGUGUGAAACCGACUGACGAGACGUUUGGGCCGUUGCAGCGUGCGCUGAAGGUUCUGACCGUCAUAGUGAACCGUCUCAGCCGCAAUCAGUCAGUAUAUCGGGCGCUCCGUCGGGCUGGGUUUCUCCAAUCAUGGGUGAAGCCAACACGCUUCGGAUGUCGUACCAGGCUCAUGCAAGCCCGUGGUCAGGACUCGAAGCAGUCAUCGGGGCUGGAGUCCACGACGUAA